AUGUACAGUGAGGCUCCAGAGUUCAAGGACAAUACGCUAUACAGGUCCACCAUUGGAUCCCUCCUGUACAUUGCCAACUGGACUUGGCCAGACAUUGCCCUGCCAGUGAAUUUAUUAUCCAGACAUGUGAGUAACCCAACCACUUAUCACUGGGAAGCUAUCAAGUGGGUACUCAGAUACCUGAAGCAUAGUUCAGAAGCCUACCUGCGGCUGGAACCGGAUGCAACCAAACAACCAACACUCACCUGCUAUGCGGAUGCCGACUGGGCCGGAGAUGCAAAAAGUAGAAAAAGUACAUCAGGGUAUGUAUUCUUCCUGAACAGCAGUCCUGUACAUUGGUACACGGGCAAGCAGAACUUAGUAGCGAUGUCCACCACCGAAGCUGAAUACAUAUGCCUAUCCAAGGCAGCCAACAACCUAACUUGGUUUGACGACCUACUCUCCAGCAUCUGGGCCGAACCCACAUACCCAAUAACCAUCUAUUGA